UAUGAACUGGACUGUCAUAUCAAAAGCGGCAUUUUGAUGAUGCUAGAUGUGGUUGUUGGGGCCACUUAUUUUCUAAUAUUUUUUGUCAAUUAAUCGCGAUGAAGUAAAACACCUACCGAAUUGACAAUUUUUCUUACACGAAUCGACCGAAGUUUAAACAUGUUCAUAAAGUCCGUUAUACUGGACGGUUUUAAGUCAUACGGGAAGCGGACCGAAAUAAAUGGUUUCGAUCCAGAGUUCACAGCAAUAACUGGAUUGAACGGCACCGGAAAAAGUAACGUUUUGGACGCGAUAUGCUUUGUGCUGGGCAUUUCAAAUUUGGGACAGGUUCGUGCAACGUCUCUGCAAGAGCUUGUGUUCAAAGGCGGACAGGCUGGCAUUACUAAAGCAACCGUUACAAUUUUCUUCGAUAAUACGGAUCAGGAGCAGUGUCCAAUCGGCUACGAAAAAUGCCGGGAAAUAUCCGUUACCAGACAAGUCGUUGUAGGCGGCAAAAAUAAGUAUUUCAUCAACGGAAAAGUGGUUUUGCAAAAGAAGGUUUCCGAUUUGUUUUGUUCGGUGCAGUUGAACAUCAACAAUCCGAAUUUUUUAAUUAUGCAAGGACGAAUUACGAAAGUUUUGAACAUGAAACCGCAUGAGAUUUUAUCAAUGGUUGAAGAGGCGGCUGGUACCAGUAUGUACGAGUCGAAGAGAGAUCAAACAAACAAAUUGAUUGAGAAGAAGGAUGCCAAACUUAAUGAAAUGGAUGCUGUGCUCAAAGAGGAAAUCGAACCGAAACUCCAGAAACUGCGACAAGAGCGCGCCCAGUACGAGGAGUUCCAGAAAAUUGUCCGCGAAAUCGAGAGCCUAACCCGAAUUUACAUUUCUCACAAAUAUCUGCAGCAAAAGAAAACUGUCGAAGACUGUGAGAACGAGCUCCAAACAAUGGCGAAUUUCAUCGAAACGAGCCAGCAAACCAUUGCGGACAACGAACAGAAAUCGGUUCAAAUCGAUGACGAAUGUGCCGAGAUUCGACGGGUGAUUGAUACGGAGAGUGGCGGCCAAUUGAAAACAUUGGAAGAGGAACUUCAAGUUAUGUCCAAACAGGAGGCGACCGUUCAGGGCGAGAAAAACUCGGUGGCCAGUAGUCUGGAUGCGGAGAAUCGGAAAUUGAAACGAACGGAAAAAACCAUCAAAGACGAUGAGAAUGCGUUGAAGGCGAAAGAGGCGGGUAUGGCAAAGUUGAACAGUUUGUUUGAGACGUUGAAAACCGCUGAUGCGGUGGACUCAAAUGCGUACGAAGAAUCGCGGAAAAAGUACGAGGCCAUCAGUUCUGGUUUGGCGACGAAUGAGAGUGGUGAAGCGUCUUCGUUGCAAGACCAGUUGAUUGUGGCCAAGCAACAGAUUUCCGAAGCGAGAACCGCUAUCAAAACAUCCGAAAUGGAUUUGAAACAUUCCAGAGACUUGCUGCGCAAAAAACAAUCAGAGCGUCAGAACACCGACGCAAACUAUGUCAAAGACAAGAAAAAUGCAGAUCAUCACGAAGCCGAAAUCAAGCGUCUAGAGGCAGCAUUGUCCCGAAUGAACUACGAAGAAGGAUCACUGGAACAGCUGCAACAGAAACAGGAAGUGUUGCAAAGAAAACGUCGAGAUCUGCGCAGUAAACUUGAUCAAUUGAAGGCCUACCGUUUCGAAUUUCAAUACCAAGAUCCCCAUCCCAAUUUCAAUCGGAACAGUGUCAAGGGAAGGGUUUGCAAUCUGUUUCAAGUGAAAGACCAACGGGACUGUCUGGCCCUAGGUAUGCUGGCUGGAGGAUCUUUGUUCAGCGUUGUCACCGACACAGAUGUCACAUCGAAGGAUAUUCUGAAGAGGGGCCAAUUGCAGCAGCAGACUACUCUGUUGCCAAUCAAUAAAAUUAGAGGACGCGAACUCAAUGCUAACAUUGUCAGAACGGCUCAGAGUUUGGUCGGAAAAGAAAAUGUGGCUGCCGCACUGUCGCUUAUUGACUACGAUCCCGAAUAUGACAUCAUCAUGAAGUAUGUCUUCGGUCGUACGUUGGUGUGCAAAGACAUUGAUACGGCGAAAAAGGUCACUUACCAUCCGAAUAUAAUGACACAAUCAGUUACGUUGGACGGCGAUGUAGUUGAUCCACAAGGUACUCUGUCCGGUGGUUCACGACCCUCUGGAAAUCCGUUACUGUUAGAAGUUGCCGAAAUACAAGAAAUUCGACGAUCACUGGACGAAAUUGAAAAUGAAUUGCGUGCGGUUCAGCAGCAAAUCAAUCAAUUGCAGAAAGUUGCCCAAACAUUCAAUCAAACCAAGGAGCAGCUGGAUCUGUGUCAGCAUGAAUUGAAUUUGGUCAAAGGAAGAUUGGCUAAGUCAUCAUUCGAGCAACAUCAACAAGAAAUCGAUGAGUUAGCGUCAAAAGUUGAAUCUCUGCAGGAGGUAAUCGUCAAAUCGAAGGAAACUGACAAAGUGGCUUCGUUGAAGGUCAAGGACAUUGAGGAAAAACUUAGCGACGCUAAAGGUUAUCGAGAACGUGAACUGAAAGCAGCGACCGAUGAAAUGAAGCAACUGAAGAAGAAGAGCGAGGAGAGCAAGAAAAAUUGGAAGAAGAGAGAACAGGAAUACGAAACGAUGAGCAUGGAAAUCGAAGAAUUGAAGAAGGGAAUAACGACAGCAACCGAACAAAAGCAAAAAACUUUAGAAGAUAUCGAACAGUUGAAGGAAAAGCUUAAAACCAUCGAAUCCAGUACCAGUGAAUCAUCUGCAGCUAUUGCCCAAUUAAAGGAACAAGUGGCCAAGCAGAAGGCCGUCAUCAACUCACAAAACAAAGAAUUGAAAGCGAAGCUCAUCCAAAAGGAUAAAAUGGCGAAACGGAAUGCCGACCUACAGAUCGAAAUCAAACGCAAACAGAAUGACAUCACCAAAUUGAAGAAUGACAACAAGGACGGUUUCUCAAAGAUUACCAAUUUAGAGAAAAACUAUCCGUGGAUCGUCGGCGACAAGGAAUAUUUCGGUGUGAAAAACACCCGGUACGACUAUUCGAAAGAGGAUCCGGAAGAGGCGGGAAAGAAAUUGCACAAGGCUCAAAAAGAUAAGGACAACAUGGAACGACACAUUAAUGUUAAAGCCAUGGCUCUGCUCCAGAAGGAGGAACAAUUGUACGAAGACUUGCAGAAGCGCAAAAACAUUGUUCUCGAAGAUAAAAAGAAAAUUUUGAAAAUAAUCGUCGACAUGGACAAGAAGAAGGAGAUUGAAGUGAAGAAUGCUUGGUUGAAGGUGAACGCUAACUUUGGCAGUAUAUUCAGCACAUUGCUGCCGGGCGCCGAAGCUAAACUUGUGCCAGCUGAGGGAAAUAAUUCGCUGUCCGGUCUGACAGUCCGAGUUGGAUUCAGUGGAUUGUGGAAAGAUUCGCUGGGUGAAUUAAGUGGCGGUCAACGGUCUCUGGUGGCUUUGUCCCUAAUUCUGGCCAUGUUGAAAUUCAAACCGGCUCCGUUGUAUAUUUUGGAUGAAGUAGACGCUGCGUUGGAUAUGGCCCACACACAAAAUAUUGGUACGAUGUUGAAAGGACAUUUCACCAAUUCACAGUUCGUCAUUGUCUCUCUCAAAGAUGGUAUGUUCAACAAUGCCAACGUUCUGUUCAAAACGAAAUUCGAGGACGGAGUAUCGGCCGUUACGAGAACCGAAAAUUCGCGUAAAGGUCAGAAUCGUAAAUAAUUUUGAUACCCGAACCGACACAGACCAGACACACAUUUCAAGCUCCUUUUUUUAUAUGAUCUGAACGUUCGAUGUAGUUUCUAGUUAAAUUGUUCUGUACAAAUUUUUUCUU